AUGGAACCGAUCAUAAACAUUUCGAAUUCAGCUAAUUAUCCAUCACAGUCAUUUACGUCCUCAACGCCCAACGAAACAAAUGAUGAAGAUGAAGACGAACAUUAUAAACAACAACAUCUCUCAAAACCAAAUAUUCUUACACCAUCAACUGAUAAAUCUAUCUCAUCUUUAUCAAUUGAUUAUUGUAACAACGAGCGAACACAGUUUGGCGUUGAGGACACACUUCAAUCUCAUGAAUCAACCAGUAUCGAUAAUAUUUAUUCGAAUAAUAAUCAAAUUAAUUUUUAUAAUAUUAAAGAUCAAAAUCACCUAAUAUCGAUUGAAUCAUUAAAUCAACCUCAAGGACCACGAAAUGCAGAUGAUUCAGACGAUACACAGUCAACAUACGAUUCGUACACACCUCUAACAGCGCAGAUAAAUAAAGAAAAAUUACUAAUUCACCAAUUACCUCAGUUACGUUCCUAUGUUAAUAUAAGUAACUCAAGUAGCGAGACAUCUUUAGCCAGACCAUUAUUAGGACAAGAUCAGCAGCACAUAUUGUAUUGUACACCACCAUCAAUUGGAUCAAUUAAUAAUGAAGGAGUCGAUAACAUAAACAACAACAAUAACAAAGAUGAUACGGCAACAACUAGUACAAAUUCGCUAACUCCAUCCUUUCGGUCAUAUAUUGGAUUAUAUCUAACUGAUAUGUUAAUAGCUGCAUUUAUCAUAACACCAUUAGUGAAUAUACAUUGGCGUGGUGGUUGGGAUUUAAUCGAUAUUCAUUUGUUACCACGGAAACCCAUUUUGAGUAAUUUAUUAUCAAUUUUUAUUGGUUGCUUCUUACUAUACAUAUUUUAUUUAUUACAAGACCAAUUACAAAAAUUUUAUGAAUUACAUCGUCAAAAUAUUAUUGGACAAUUUAUGGGUAGAAUCUAUACACUGAUAGUUGCGUUUGCAUAUAUUAAUCAAUGGCGAGGAUUAUGGGGUCUACUGGAUAUGACAACAGGUGUAUGGUAUUAUCUAGUGAUCGAAACAUUAGUUAGCAUUUUACUGUUAUUAUUAAUGAAAUCAGUUUAUAAUCUCAACUCGGCACCAUUUUUAAUUAGUGUCGAUACCGAAAGUUAUUUUUUGAUUGGAAGUCGAUAUACAUACUUCACACGAAAGUUUAAUCAAUAUACGUUCGAUUUUAUUUUGUAUGAAUUUGUCGAAGCCCCGUUAUUAAUUAUCGCAUGGCGUGGACUAUACAAUUUGUCUGAUCUGUUCAUAUUUCCUAAAUCAAAUUUUAUAUCGAUGUCAACAUCAUUUUUAAGCGGUUAUGCAUUAUUUUUUAUUUUGGCACUCAUUCAGAUACCAAUUGUCAAAUGUUUAAGAACGAACUUAAACUUAAGAAUGAAAUGUUUACAUUCAUUUACAUCAAAUGUAUUUCAUUUAUUAGCGUUUGUUAGUGUUGUACAAAUUUGGCGCAGUCUAUGGAUGGUAUGCGAACAAUAUUUAAAUAUUCCUGGUUAUCAUCACUUAACAUUGUGGAUAUGUUAUGCUGGAGCAUUUGUUGUACUAACAUUUGGUUUAAGUAGUUCAUCGUUAAACGGACCGGGUGGUACAAAAGAUAAUUAUAUUGAUAAUGGUCCAAUAUUAUUGUUUAAAUUUGAUUAUUUCACUACACUGCUAAGACGUCGUUCAUCAAAUUGUAAAUCCGAUCAUAGUUCCGAAUCAUCAUCAUCGUUAACAGAGACAAUUAUUACAAGUGAACGACCGUAUCGUUUUGAACCUCCCUAA